AUGGCAGCGCCCUCAGUAUCGGCUGCGGCGAUUCCGCGAUUUCUUGCACCUCGGCUUCAAUGGUCUGCAAGUAGCUCGUGGCCUGCAGCGCAGAGCACAAUAGAAGCAAGGCGACAUGGAUCUUGUUGGGCGGCGUCGGAGGGUCGCAUGCCACUUUCGAAGCUCUCGCCUCUUCAGACAGCAGGAACAAGACAAUGGCAGCAGCAAAGGUGGUCACAACGCACAAGCGGGCAUGGAUCUGCUCUGGAGCUUCAGCGCAGCUUCAGCGCAUCGGCGAAGCAGGCCAAGGACCACCAUUUCGACACGCUCAAGUUUGUGCAGCGGCUGAAAGAGGAGGGUUUCACAGAAGAGCAGGCUGAGGGGAUGAUGAGGGUGCUCAGUGACGUGAUUGAGGAGAGCAUACAAAAUCUCACACGUACCAUGGUGCUGCGCGAGGACCAGGAAAAGGCUACAUACACGCAAAAGGUUGAUUUUGCAAAGCUGCGCUCCGAACUCAUGACGGCCGACUCGACCGAAUCCAGUCUUACACGGGCAUCACACGAGAGGCUCACCAACGAACUUGCGAAGCUGAACUCACGACUACGGGACGAGAUACAGAGGACUCAGGCAUCGGUCAGGUUGGACUUGAAUCUAGAGAAGGGGCGAAUUCGCGAGGAGGCCAAUGUGCAGGAGCUCAAGCUGAAGGAGACGGACACGAGGAUCGAGCAGGAAACAGCACAGCUCCGGGAGAGGCUCGAAGCCGUCAAGUUCUCGACUCUGCAGUGGCUGAUGGGCGUGUGUACGGGUACGGCGGCGCUGAUGCUGGGAGUGUGGCGAUUGUUGAUGUGA